AUGCCAGAGUUGGAAACCCUCCAGGUUCGACUUGAAUGCCAACAGUUGUAUUCUCAGAACUUGAAACUGAGACAAGAAUUCAACCAACUUAAAGGGUUCUCUAACCCCAGGAAGUUUGGAGAGCUGCAGAAGGAAAUUGAACACCUGCACUGGCAGCUUAAUAAGAUGGAGAACUCCAGAAAACUUUAUGAGAUGGCAACAAGCCAGCUAGUCACAUUUUUAGAACAGGUUUCUGUCUCCCUAGCAUCAUCAUCUUCUCUACGUGGCAGCUGUCUUGACCUUAACGCAGAUCAAGGGGUACUUAGCAAGGAGAAUCUUCUUCAUGCCCGAAACCUUAGUCUGGCAUCCUUAAACAUGGCUCGGUCACAGUCAAUGCCCGGCCUUGCUGGCCUACCGGGCACCUUGCCUGGGCUUAACCGACGGAGUCGUAGGCUUGGAUCAAGGGAACUUGUUCGCCGAAGCAGCAGUGUGUCGAGAACUAGACUGACCAGCCCUUUACCAAGCCUGGCAGAGACUGAUGACCGGAAAAGUGAAUAUGAGCGAAGCAAUGAUACUGUCAGUGUUACUAGUCAUGAACAUAGUCAGGCAGAGCACACUGGAGACUCAUUUAGUCUGGAUAGUCACAGACUAUAUCUACGAACUAACAGUGUAUCUGACCCUCUGUGUGUCUCGACCCCCCGAACCACCAAAUCUUCAAUCUCAACUCCAAGGAGCACAAAGUCAAGGAUACAAGAGUCAGAGAGGAAACUGCUUGACAGAAGGAGGAGGAAUGAGCUGCCUCGAGGCCGAACUCCUGAUGAUAUUGAGAGUAUUAAUGAGUUACGAAGCCAGCGGAGUGAGUUAGAAAGUGUGCGGAGCAAUGAUGAGGGUAGUGUGCGGAACGAAAGACGCAUGAAGCGGUUCGAAGAGUCAGAGAGUGAGGCUUCAAAGCGGGGAACCCUUACCUCCCUCAGUUCUGGGAGUACUGCCUCCCCACCUUCGACCACUACUUCAAGGUAUUACAUCCUUUAUAUUGCUCUGUACUGUAUAUAUACACACGUAUUAAAAUAG